AUGGAGAGUAAGUUAGCUACAAAAGAAAUAUGUCGACCACCCUGUGAUACCGUUGACCCUUUCAGCGCAGUGAUUCUUAUAUACUCUGUCCAUCGUGCUUACGAUAUACGACUUACUUCUGUCCGUCUUUAUGGUGAGCUUAUUCACGAGUUCGACCCUUGGUUCAAUUACCGUGCAACGCAGUACCUCAGCGACAACGGGUGGCGUGCUUUUUUCCAAUGGUACGACUACAUGAGCUGGUACCUGUUUAGUUACUACACAGUCAGUUAA